AUGAAAGGACCAUUCCCUGGUCAGGUUCUUACAAUAGUUGGUCUAGAUUCCAACAAUGAAAUUUAUCCCUUGGCCUAUGCAAUUGUUGAGUCUGAAAACACAGUUAGCUGGAAGUGGCUUUUAGAAAACCUUGGGGAUGACUUGGAGCUUGGGAGCAACUCAAACUAUACUUUCAUAAGUGACGGGAAAAAGGGAUUACAAAUUGCAGUUGAUCAAUUGUUUCCCAAUGCUGAGCAUAGGUAUUGUAUUAGACAUAUUUAUGACAAUAUGAGAAAGAAGUGGGGGCAAACUGAGUACAGGGACCAUUUAUGGAGGUGUGCAUCAGCAACCACCGUUCUUGAGUUUGAGCAUUUGAUGAGGGAGUUUAGUGAUUAUGAUAAGGAGGCAUGUCAAUGGUUGAAGCAGAUACCUCCUGUACAUUGGGCAAGGAGAAGAGUUGUUUCUGAUGUGUUGAUUUCAAACAUGUGUGAAGUGUUUAAUGGGAAGAUAGAGAAAGGCAGGGACAAACAUGUAAUUUCAUGUUUAGAGUUCAUUAGGGAGUAUCUAAUGAAGAAGAUAUGUAAUGUCAUGAAGGAAAUGAAGAAGGCUAAAGGUCCACUAACAACUACAGCAACAGACAUCCUAGAUGCAAGGAAAAAAGGUGUUUCACAAUAUAUUGUUAGGUGGAAUGGGGCAAACAAGUAUCAAGUCACUGGAGCAUUGCAAGAUCAGCAUGUGGUGGAUGUUAGGAACCAAACUUGCACUUGCAGAAAGUGGGAAUUAAUGGGAAUACCUUGCAGGCAUGUAAUUGCAACUCUGAAUGAAAUGAGCAAAGACCCUGAGGCUGAGCUUGACAUUUACAAGUGGGUACACGAGGUGUAUUGGUUAGAGACAUGGCAAAAAGCUUAUUCAUUUAAGGUGGAACCAAUUAAAGGGAGACCCAUGUGGCCUAAAAGUAAUUGUCCAACAAAGCUAAUCCCUCCUCCACGUCGCACUCAGGUGGGAAGGCCUAAGAAAAAAAAUAAGACAAAGUAA